GAAGCAGUCGCCGGCGCUUCCGGCGGCCGCCGCGCCGCGUUGCCGGGGAGAUGUCGUGGCUGCGGGGCGCCGCGCCGGCCCGGGGCCCCGCGGGCGCGGGGGACGUGUUUGACGAGGAGGCGGACGAGGCGCUCCUGGUGCGGCGGGAAUGGCAGAGCCACAUGCUGCGACGGGUCAAAGAAGGUUAUAGAGAUGGGGUAGAUGCCGGCAAAGCAGUUACUCUCCAACAAGGCUUCAAUCAAGGUUAUAAGGAAGGUGCAGACCUCAUUAUAAACUAUGGACAGCUCAGAGGAACGUUGAGUGCUUUGCUCUCCUGGUGUCACCUUCAUGAAAAUGGCUCAGCUCUGAUCAGUAAAAUAAAUAAUCUUCUGGAUGCAGUUGGCCAGUGUGAAGAGUAUGUGCUCAAACAUCUGAAAUCAAUCACGUCUCAGCCCCGUGUUGUAGAUUUAUUGGACUCCAUUCAGGAGAUGGACCUUUGUCACGAAGCUCCAGCUGAGAAAAAGAUGGAUGAAGCUAAAGAUGAAAGACUCUGUGAAAAUAAUGCUGAACUUCACAAAAACUGUAGCAAGAGUCUUAGUGAGGCAGAUUGUUCAUCUUUAGAAUGUUAUAGGAUACGGGAGCAGGCACAUUCUGAAAACCCCAGCCUCACUUGGAUUUUAGAACAGACAGCCGGUUUAGUAACACAGCUGGGGGUACCGCGCGAUGUGUUACAACAUCUCAAGCAACCAUAACAGUUCUCGUCACUUUUCUAAUGCAAGUAAUGUUGAGAACAUUUCGUUUCUUAACAAACUGACCAAAAUUCGUACUGGAUUCUACAUCGGACACAUCACUGGUAGGUUAUCCUUCAUGGAUUAAAUGUCUUCAAAACUAACACUAUUAAAUGGAAUAAGAGCUUUUUCUGUCA